GCCCGCCGCCCGCGCGCGCCGGAACUGCAUUUCCCAUAGGUCGGAGCGGCGCCGCCGUGCGCGCCCGGGACACCCGAGCCCCGCCUAGGCCUCGGGGCCAGGCCCCCUCCCGACUGUCUCGCCCGCACCCCCACCCGGCCGUAGCGCCCCGGCCGAGCCGCAGAAUCUUUGAGCGGCGGCAGCGGCGCGGGCGGGAUGGCGAACCUGGGCCGCUUGCUGUGCGUGCUGGGCCUGCUGCUGUGCGGGCCCACGAGCCCCGGGCUGUCCAGACCCAACAAACACGGCCCCAAGAAGCCCAUCAUCGGAAUAUUAAUGCAAAAAUGCCAGUCUAAGGCAAUGAAAGAGCUGGGAAAAUACUACAUUGCUGCAUCCUAUGUGAAGUAUUUAGAGUCUGCGGGUGCAAGAGUCGUACCCAUAAGGGUUGAUCUUACACGUACAGAGUAUGCAGAACUUUUCAAAUCUAUUAAUGGAAUCCUUUUCCCUGGAGGAAGUGCUAGCAUAACACAUUCAGAGUAUUCCCAUGUGUCUAAAAUAUUUUACAACAAGGCCAUAAAGAGUUUUGAUGAUGGAGACUAUUUUCCUGUAUGGGGAACAUGCCUUGGAUUUGAGGAGCUCUCCGUUCUCGUUAGUGGGGAGCGCUUGAUGACUCUCACAGACACUGUCUCAGUGUCAUUGCCGUUGAACUUCACUGAUGAUAUACUCAAGGGCAGAAUGUUCCAGAAUUUUCCUGUUGAACUAAUUGUGUCAUUAGCACUAGAACCUCUGACUGCAAACUUUCACAAAUGGAGUCUCUCUGUGAAGAACUUUACACAAAACGAAAAGUUAAAGAAAUUUUUCAGUGUAUUAACAACAAAUACUGAUGGCAAGACUGAGUUCAUUUCAUCUAUGGAAGGAUCUAAGUAUCCAGUAUAUGCUGUCCAGUGGCAUCCUGAGAAAGCACCGUAUGAGUGGAAGGAAUUGAAAGGCAUUUCCCAUGCACCAAAUUCUGUGAAGACUGCAUUUUAUCUAGCAGAAUUUUUUGUUUCUGAAGCUCGGAAAAACAAUCAUCACUAUGAGUCCCAAAUUAAGGAGGAGGAGUCCUUGAUUUAUCAGUUCUCUCCAGUUUAUACUGGAAACAUUUCUUCAUUUCAGCAAUGUUACAUGUUUGACUGAAAGUCUUCAAUUUGGAAACGGAGCAACUUUGAGUAAUUCUGUGAUUCAACUGCUGAUUCACUCUUCAAGGCAGUACGAGAAGGCUACAUGAUUCCUUUUCUAUGUACCUGGUUCUGACUCUUCAUUUAGUAUAUGAUUAUUUUUAUUACAUUUGAUAAUUCAACAGUGAGAAAGAUAAAUGAUCAUAGUGUUUUCCUGGAAAAAUCCUGUGUCUGAAGAUUAAGAAAUAUAGAUGUAUUGAAAAUACA